AUACGGCGUAGUUCUUCUGGUAUAUACAAGUAGUGUUAUUUCCACCUCGGCCUCCACCGCUCACCGCUUGGGCCGUGGCAGUAUUGUCGCGAGCAGUUCUUCCCACCAUGUGCCACAAUCGCUGUUUCUGAUUUAUUUUUCCUUGCUCGUCUGUUUUACUGGUAAUUUCCGCUUUUUCUUCUUUCUCUCCGGAGUUUUCUCUUUCUUUCAACAUUUGCUUCAGUUCUGGAAUCCCUCUAAAUUGUCUUUUUCCUGUGUGUGGACAUAAUGGCGUCUCCGACUCUUAAGAAAGCGAUCACGGAAGCAGCCCUGAAUUAUACCAAGCCAGAAGGGGCAGUCUUCCAAUAUGGUACUGCUGGGUUCCGAAUGAAGGCUGAUCUUCUCAACACGGUUGUCUUCGCUGUGGGAUUGCUCGCCGGACUCCGGUCCAGGAAGCUUAGCGGACAAUGGAUUGGUGUCAUGGUCACGGCCAGUCACAAUCCCGCGCAGGACAAUGGUGUCAAGCUGGUUGAUCCAAUGGGUGAAAUGUUGGAAGCUGAAUGGGAGGAACAUGCAACCAAGCUCGCCAACGCUCCGUUGGAUAAGAUUGCCGAUGUGUACGGAGAAUUGAUCCAAGAGAUCGAUGUUAAUAUGGAGAACCCGGCUCGUGUGGUCUUCGCUCGGGAUACUCGUGCAUCUGGCUCUCGUCUGGUCAGUGUGCUCAAUGCUGCACUUACCGCUACAGAGGUCGAGUUUGCCGACAUGAAAUAUAUGACCACUCCUCAACUGCACUAUAUUGUCCGUUGCAAGAACACUCUCGGGACACAGUAUGAGUACGGCGAGCCUACCGAGCAGGGUUAUUAUGAGAAGCUUGCCGAGGCUUUCAAGAGAGUGAUGAGGGGCGUUAAGGCCAAGGGUAGCUUGACUGUCGACUGUGCGAACGGUGUUGGUGGACCUAAACUGAGGGAACAGAUCAAAUACUUGCCCGGUGCUGAGGAGGGUGGUCUUGAUAUCAACGUCGUCAACGACGACGUCAUCAACCCCGACAGCCUGAACUUCGACUGCGGUGCCGAUUAUGUGAAGACUAAGCAACGUGCUCCUCCAUCUUCUAAGGCCGCUGUUCUCGACCGUUGCGCCUCCUUGGACGGUGACGCGGACCGUCUGGUCUACUAUUUUGUUGACGAGAGCAAUGUCUUCCGCCUCCUUGACGGUGAUCGCAUUGCCACUCUGGCCGCUUCGUUCAUUGGCGAUCUGGCCCGAAGCGCUGGAAUUGCGCAAAACCUUAAGAUUGGUAUCAUCCAAACUGCUUACGCCAAUGGUGCCAGCACGGAUUACAUUGAGAAGGUGCUGAAGCUUCAGUCUGUCUGCACCAACACUGGUGUUAAGCAUCUCCACCAUGCUGCUAUGCGCUUUGACGUUGGUGUUUACUUCGAAGCCAAUGGUCAUGGUACCAUUACUUUCUCUGAGAACGCUCUGAAGAUCAUCAAGAGCGCUGAGCCUCAAUCCCCGGCCCAGCAACGCUCGAUCGAAUGUCUUCAGGGUCUCACUGACUUGAUCAACCAAGCGGUCGGUGAUGCUAUCUCUGACAUGCUCCUGGUUGAAGCUAUUCUUGCCCACAAAUCGUGGAGCCCCAAGGAAUGGCUUGGAACUUAUACUGACCUUCCCUCCCGUCUCGUCCGCGUCGAGGUUGCUGAUCGCUCUAUCUUCAAGGCUUACGAUGCGGAACGUAAGCUUGAGUCACCUCCAGGCCUCCAGACCAAGAUCGAAUCCCUCAUGUCUCGAUACAACAAAGGACGGAGUUUCGCCCGUGCAAGUGGCACCGAAGACGCGGUCCGUGUCUAUGCAGAGGCUGCAAGCCGAUCUGAAGCGGACGACCUGGCCACCCGUGUUGCCAACGCGGUUAAAGAGGCCGGCUCGGUCAAGGAAAUCUUGCAAGCGUCUUGAGUUAUCCAUUCUUUAGUAGCUUUCAAGUUACCCUCAUGAUUUGCAUUCUUUCGUUUAGCGAACAUAGUCUGACGAAAUGGACUUCUUUUUAAUUGAUACAAAAAAAAAUGACGAACUCGCCUAUUCUACAAUACUAUACAGGUUAUGGACGAGAUUACGAACAUUAAUUAUGGAAUGAUUCUCUGUUUGUCAAUAAGUAAAGCAAACAUCUAUUUAACUUUUCCCGUCAAACUCCAAAACAAAAUUAACAAUCAUCACCAGG